GAAGCGGACGGCAGCACGCAGCGCGGCGCGGAGCGGCGCAGCUCAGCGCUCUCAUCCGCAAACAGAACACUGCACAUCUGAACUCAGCAAACCCAGCUGCGUCAUAUUCCAUUUUUUCCCCCUAAGCGGCUGCAUGGCUAGCUGAAGCAUUCCGGGACAAACGGCAGGGCGGUGCAGGGAGACCGGACAGAGGAGAGAGAGCGCACCGGCUCUGCUGACAGGCGGACGCAUCGGCGCUGACGCAUAUCCAAGCCGGGGCUGCGCACAUUUCCAACACUUACUCCCAACCCCAGCACAUCCUGACGUGUUCCUGCUGCAGGGGAGUCUGUCUUUCCGGAUACUUCACUAUGGGCCGCUCGGAGGACUGAACCGCAGGCUGUCUGCCUCAUUUUGUCAGAUAAAAGUAGCGGCGGAGGAACCAACACAGCGGGCGUUUUAAAGAGAAAAGUGACAGCAGCGCAAGAUGUCUGUUCCUGUGCUCUGCAGAAUGUUUGACUGCCUGCAAGGGGCACCACAGGUGGAGAAUAUUUUGGCCAAAGCAUUGUAUGACAAUGUGGCUGAGUCUCCGGAUGAGCUCUCCUUCCGGAAGGGUGACAUCAUGACGGUGUUGGAGCGGGACACGCAGGGAUUGGAUGGAUGGUGGCUCUGCUCUCUCCAUGGCCGACAAGGCAUCGUCCCAGGGAAUCGUCUCAAGAUUCUGGUCGGCAUGUACGACAGUAAGCAACAGCAGCAAGUCACCCCUACCACACCAGAUCCAGCUGUUUCCUGUGCAACCCCCCAGGUGCAAAGACCCCUCCUCCCUCAAAGCGCAUACUCCAAACCAACUGCCAACUCUACAUCAACUCCACCAGUGUACGCAAAUAAGCCCCUUCCUUCAGUUCAGUACACAUCCAUGCAUCCGGCGUACUCCGGCCCCAAUCCUGUCCAACCAAGCACAGACUCUGUUUACAUGAUGCCCCCUUCCCAUGGCCCCAAGGUGAGCUCCCAAAGUCUAUAUCAGGUUCCAUGUGGUCCAAACGGAUCCUCACCACAAGCCCCACCAGGACCGCCUAAGAAGACCUCAGCUGUAGGUCACAGACCGUUUGAGCUGCCUGGUCAAGAUAUCUACCAAGUCCCCCCCUCUGUAGGCCCAGGGCUCAGUCAGGCAACCGCUUCAGCUGGGGUGACAGGAACUGGCCAGGAUGUAUACCAGGUACCUCCAUCCUGGGAGAACAGCACAAAGCCACAUGGCAAGGUGGUUGUUCCCACUCGAGUUGGACAGCUUUAUGUGUACGACACACUAAAAGCCGACAAGGACGAGUAUGACGUCCCACCCAGACAUCAGCCACCGGCCCAGCAGGACAUUUAUGAUGUUCCACCCACCCGCCAGCAGUACAGCACCCAGGUGUAUGACACUCCGCCUAUGGUGGUGAAGGGGCCAUCUAGUGGUCAAGACAUAUAUGACACCCUAGCGAUCACAGACAAGAACCCCCAGCAAACUGUGUACAACUUCCCCCCCUCAGUGAGUAAAGAUGUUCCUGACGGUCAGUUAAUCAGGGAGGAGACCUAUGAUGUGCCACCUCACUUUGCCAAAUUGAAGCACCAGGUUCCCGCCGCUCCUGGCCAGUACCAGCACAACAACGUCAGUGAUGAUGAUGAGCCAUUAAUUCCGGAAGAUGUUUAUGAUGUUCCACCUCCUAUUCUGACUGAGAAACAUCACCGGGGGGAGAGGGGUGCAGUCAGCCAGGAGAUCUACGACAUCCCAGCCACCCUGCGUGGCGGAGGCCUCCCCAGCCAGGAUGUAUACGACUUCCCACGGGAACGAGAGGACCGAGGCGGCGAGAGGGGAGACCAGUAUGUCUAUGAUGUCCCGCCACAGGUUGUCCGUGAUGCCCAGUCCAAUGCUGAAGAGCUGACCAAGUCGUUUAAGCGCCUCUCUGCUUCAAGCACAGGAAGCACACGGAGCAACCACUCUGCUUCUUCGUUAGACAUGGUUCCUGUCCGGGACACGUCCUCACUUCCUGCUUCCGGCUCCAUCCAAGGAAAACCUCUCAUGCUGGACCUUGAUCAAGCCAUGGAGCGUCUGUCUCGCCUACAGCAGGCUGUCGAGUCCAGUGUUUCCCUCAUGAUGUCGUUCAUCACAGGCAACUGGAGGAGCCCUGCUCACCUGGAUGGGAACCUCACAGCCAUUCAUCAGGCUGCUGACCGGGUGCGAGUCACUGUCCGAGACUUCCUAGAAUUUGCUCGAGGUGCUGUGGCAAACGCUGCCCAGGCCACAGACCGCUUGCUGCAGACCAAACUGGGUCGGCAGGUUGGAAAGAUGGAGGAGGUCUUCCAGAGUUUGAUUCGGCACAGUCAGAGCUUAGACAGCAUCUCAUGGUCACCCACAGCACUGUCCACUCCGACUCCAGGAGGGGAUGACUUAGAUCGACUAAUCAUAACAGCGAGAGGGAUCCCUGAUGACGCCAAACAACUGGCCUCCUUUCUUCAUGGUAACGCCUCACUGCUCUUCAAAAGGACAAACCGGCAGCAGCAGCAGCAGCUGCCCCUCCCUCCAAUCCCUGGGGAGAUUAGUGGUCACAUGACAGGAUCAGGUAGCGGAACCUACCAGGGAGGGGAGAAAGUGCAUAUUCAGUCACGGCCCCUCCCUUCUCCCCCAAAAUUUACAUCUGCAGAGGAGGAAGGAGUGGACAGACCAUAUGAGGUCACAGAGGAAGGCUGGAUGGAGGACUAUGAUUACGUCCAUUUACAGGGAAAAGAAGAGUUUGAGAAGAAUCAAAGACAGCUUCUGGAAAAAGGCAACAUAAUCAGACACAACAAGACGCAGCUGGAGCAGCAACAGAUCAAACAAUUUGAGCGGCUUGAACAGGAAGUCAGCCGGCCAAUAAACAAUGACAUGACGGACUGGGUCCCUUCUCCGCACCAUCCUCUGGCCAACCAGCUGUCCACGAACGGCGCCGGAGAGCCCGCAUCCUCCAAGCUGUGUCACAGUGACCGCCAGCUCCUCCUCUUCUACCAGGAGCAGUGUGAGCAGAACAUCACCACGGUUACCAAUGCCAUUGAUGCCUUCUUCACCGCCGUCAACUCCAACCAGCCGCCAAAGAUCUUCGUGGCACACAGCAAAUUUGUCAUCCUUAGUGCGCACAAGCUGGUGUUCAUUGGGGACACGCUAUCACGCCAGGCCAAGUCUCCAGAGGUGAGGGGUCGCAUGGCCCAGAGCAGCAACACCCUGUGUGAAAAACUCAAAGACAUCGUAAUCAGUACGAAAACAGCUGCGCUGCAGUAUCCAUGUGCUGGAGCAGCCAAAGAGAUGACGGAGAGAGUGAAGGAGCUGGCCGGCUGCACGCAGCAGUUCAGGAUGGGCCUGGGCCAGCUGCUGCUCAUGUAGGACUCCAAACACAAACUGCACUGCACUGUUCCACACACAGCGGUGGGGGGGCCAGAGGGGAGGUGGGAUAUGUCCUCUGAGUGGAGCUCGUGCACACUCCUGUUCUGAGGUUGGACUAAAUCCAAGACUUUUUCACUUUAAUCCUGAGACGCAGCAGUAAGACUUUCUGGAGUCCUUGUUCACUGGAGCUGAGCCGUCAUCUCUCUUCCCAUCCUCCCUGUUCUCACUGGGAUCAUUCCUGUCUUCAACGUCUCAGCAGUACAGGAACAUUAUGGUAGAUGGGCUGUAAAAUAAUCAGUGUAAAUAUUUAUCUUCCCUGUUUAAAGAGACGUACAGAAAGAACAAUUCAUCGAAAAAUAACACUAAAUGUUCCUUUUUUAAAGAAAAAAUUAUGAAAUCAUAAUUGUAGCCUAAGACCAUAUAAAUCAUUGUUAUUAAUAUUGCCUCUACUGUAUAAUUAUGGCUCUGAUUCUUGAUCUUUGUAUCAUUCUUGGUAGGGAUGUAUAAAUUCCAGAUGUUACCUAUAGCUCUAUGUUGUAGUGAGUGCCUCCAUUCUCCAUUCCAGACACACAUCUUUCAAUGUCACCUGAUGAGCUGCAGUUGCCCUGGAAACUGUGUCCAAAGUGGCUCAUGUUAUGAUAGCUGGUCCACCUGAGUGCCGCUGCUGCCCAAAAGACACCCAAAGCCCUGAAGCUGCAUGUGCAGCUAUAAUGAUAUCGGUGCCAUCUCACAGAAUUUUCUUUUUUUUUUUUUGACAAACUGUAUCUAUGUUGUUUUGUAAGAGGCAUGUAUUCAACUAAAGUGUAAAAGGUUAAAAACCAAUGCAAUUAAAUUUGCUUUUUGUCUUUC